GCGGGGCCGCCGGGGCGGCCGGGGCGGCGGCGGAGGCAGGAGGCCGCGGGCCGCGCUGGCCGCGUCCGGCCGCCUGGUCCAUGGCCUGAGCGCCAUGGCCGCGGUGGUGCGCUCGCUGAGCCGCUGCCUGCUGCCGGCCGAGACCCGGGACCCCGAGCGGGAGGCGCGGCGGCGCAGCAGAGCCAUCGAUGCGGGGCUGGCCCGGGAGCGGCGCGCCGGCCGCCGGCUGGUCCGCAUCCUGCUGCUGGGCGCGGGCGAGAGCGGCAAGUCCACCUUCCUCAAGCAGAUGCGCAUCAUCCACGGCCGCGAGUUCGACCACAAGGCGCUGCUCGAGUUCCGCGACACUAUCUUCGACAACAUCCUCAAGGGCUGCAGGGUCCUCGUGGACGCGCGGGACAAGCUGGGGAUCCCCUGGCAGCACUCGGAGAACGAGAAGCACGGCAUGUUCCUCAUGGCCUUUGAGAACCCGGCAGGGCUGCCCGUGGAGCCGGCCACCUUCCAGCUGUAUGUGCCUGCACUCAGCGCCCUCUGGCAGGACUCAGGCAUCCGAGAGGCCUUCAACCGCCGGAGCGAGUUCCAGCUGGGCGAGUCGGUGAAGUACUUCCUGGACAACUUGGAUCGCAUCGGCCAGCUGAACUACUGCCCCAGCACGCAGGACAUCCUGCUGGCCCGCAAGGCCACCAAGGGCAUCGUGGAGCACGACUUCGUCAUCAAGAAGAUCCCCUUCAAGAUGGUGGACGUGGGUGGCCAGCGCUCACAGCGGCAGAAGUGGUUCCAGUGCUUCGAUGGCGUGACGUCCAUCCUGUUCCUGGUGUCAUCCAGCGAGUACGACCAGGUGCUCAUGGAGGACCGGCGCACCAACCGGCUGGCGGAGGCCAUGAGUGUCUUCGAGACCGUUGUCAACAACCGGCUGUUCGCCAAUGUGUCCGUCAUCCUGUUCCUCAACAAGACGGACCUGCUGGCUGAGAAGGUGCCCCGCGUCAGCAUCCGUGCCCACUUCCCCGACUUCCGCGGGGACCCGCGGCGGCUAGAGGACGUGCAGCGCUUCCUGGUGCACAGCUUUGAGCGCCAGCGCCGCAGCCGCAGCCGCCCACUCUUCCACCACUUCACCACAGCCAUCGACACGGACAACAUCCGCUUCGUGUUCCACGCCGUCAAAGACACCAUCCUGCAGGAGAACCUCAAGGACAUCAUGUUGCAGUGAGGCCCUGAACCCCGGACCAGGGACAGCACCCUCAGCAAGGCCCCCUGGGACCCAGGACACCAUCCUGCAGUGAGGCCCCUGGCCCUGGGAUCAGGGACCCCAGACCCGCAGGGACACCAUCUGCAGUGAGACCCCCCCCCGGGACCUGGGACCCCAGACCCACAGGGACACCAUCCUGCAUUGAGGCCCCGGGACCUGGGACCCCAGACCCACAGGGACACCAUCCUGCAUUGAGGCCCCGGGACCCGGGACCAAACUACUGAAGCCACCUCCACCUCCAAUUCCCAGCUGGUAGGCGGGCAGGCUGGCUGGGGACCAAGGAGGCCACCCGCCUUACUGCCCCCAGACCUGGGCCCUACAAGCCCCACCACGCUCACCCAUCUGGGGGCCCUCCCAGCAGAAGUGCCUUCUUCACCCUGUUGCCCCUUCCUGUCACACACCCGAUGCACCCUGGGGACUCCAGGUGACGUGGCCGUGGCGCGCACACAUGGGGGACCUCGUCCUCACCCUGGCCUGGGAUCCCUGCCCCGUCCCCUGGGUAUGACCCUGGGGCCCUGGGUACGAUCCUGCAGGUAGGGCCUAAACCCCACAGCUGGUAGGGGGUGACCGGUUCAGAGAGGAAAGAGCCCUAUCUGUCCUGUCAGCUCUGGGGGGGCUCUGAGCCCCCCUAGGGGGCCCCCGUGCUCAGCACUAGAGAGUCCGCUCGUCCCAUCACAGAGUGGGGAGCAUGACUGAGCUCUCAGGGCACCAGGCCCAGCCUGAUGAUACCCCCCAUCCCCCAUGGCCGCACGCAGGCCCAGAGGGGAUAUGCCCAGGACCACCUGCGCCGUGCCCCCCCCAACACACACACACACACACACACACACACGCUCCGGCCUUGCCUCCUGACGCUGCUGUCACAUCCCCUCCUCUCACCGUCAGCAGCCCCACCAGCUGUGCCUCUUUUAUUGCAAAAAAUAACAGUACAACUUCCGUGUGGAGACCUUCCACAUCAUGCCAUCCACGCCCAGGACGUGGGUCCCGAGAGCCUUUCUAACUGUCUGUAGAGACACCGUCCCCCACCCCCAAGUCUAAAGCUUUGUAAUUUAUAGAAAUCUCUAGAGUUCUUAUUCUUGUAAUUUUUUUUUUUUUUUUUUUACUUAUUUGAUGAAUGAGUCAGGCUCUUUUAACUCCAAGAUCAAAAUAUAGUCUUGAAACAGG